AGCGCUCAAAUGGCAGAAGAGCUAACCCAGCCAGCUCCAGAAGAAGAGGACUCCUCACAAUGCAAGGACAGGGACAAGCCCGGCCCCCGAUCCAAGCGGAAGGAGCUCGGCCUCUCUUGCAUGCUCAACACCGAGGUCGGCGCCAUCCUCGCCGUGAUCCGUCGACCCCUCGACCCGGCCGGCCCGUUCCUCCCUACCCAAGAAGACCAUUACGAUUCCUCGAUCGCGCACUCCCUGAAAUCCCUUCGCACCCUCAUCUUCAAUCCCCAGCAGGAAUGGCGGGCGAUCGACCCUUCGAUCUAUCUCUCCCCGUUCCUCGACGUCGUCCAGAGCGACGAGGUUCCAGCCGCCGCCACCGGCGUCGCCCUCUCGUCGAUUUUGAAGAUGCUCAAGUUGGAAAUGUUCGACGAGAAGACGCACGGCGCGAAGGACGCGAUCAACUCGAUCGUCACCGCGACCGUGAAUUGCCGCCUCGAGAGGACUGAUUCGGGGUCCGAAGAGGCGGUCAUGAUGCGGAUUUUGCAGGUCCUUGCAGGCAUCAUGAAGCAUCGGGCCUCGGUUUUUCUCCCCGAUCAAGCCGUUUGCACCAUUGUCAACACGUGCUUUCAAGUCGUGCAACAAUCUGCGAGCAGAGGGGAUUUGCUUCAGCGAAACGCGAGGUACACGAUGCACGAAUUGAUCCAGAUCAUAUUUUCACGGUUGCCUGAGAUCGAUGGUAGGGAUGGGGAAAAUAAUUCCGAGUCGGAGACCGAUGAUGUCGGUGGUAAUUUGGAUUCUGGAUAUGGAGUUAGAUGCACAGUAGACAUUUUUCAUUUCCUGUGCUCGUUGCUGAAUGUGGUGGAAAUAGUGGAAACAGAAGGGAACACAUCUCACACCACCGAUGAAGAUGUCCAGCUAUUUGCGUUGGUUCUAAUCAAUUCUGCGAUCGAUUUGAGUGGAGAUGCAGUCGCGAAGCACCCGAAGCUUUUAAGAAUGAUCCAGGAUGACUUGUUUCACCAUUUGAUCCAUUACGGAAUGUCUUCAAGCCAACUAGUUUUGGCUAUGAUUUGCAGCACGAUAUUGAGUAUCUAUCAUUUCCUACGCAGGUUUAUCCGUUUGCAGUUGGAGGCUUUCUUCAGCUUUGUUCUGUUGAGAGUCGCAAUGUUCGCAACCUCGAUUCAACUCCAGGAAGUUGCAAUAGAAGGAAUCAUAAACUUUUGUAGGCAGCCUAGUUUCAUAUUCGAAGCCUAUGUGAACUACGACUGCAACGUCACUUGCCGAAAUGUCUUUGAAGAAAUGGGGAAGUUGCUGUGCAAGCAUGCCUUUCCAACAUCUAAUCCGUUGACGAGUUUACAAAUCCAAGCGUUCGAAGGGCUCGUUAUAGUGAUUCACAACAUUGCAGAUAACAUCAACUGUGAAGAGAAUUCGGGCACGUUAGCAAGACAUGCAGUCGAAAUCACAGAAUACAGACCCUUUUGGGUAGAGAAAUUCGAAGAUGAGGAUGAGAACUGGGUGGACUCGGCAAGAAUAAGGAAAGCACAGAAACGGAAAAUGAUGAUCGCGGGAAACCAUUUUAACCGUGACGAAAGGAAGGGUAUAGAGUACCUGAAGCUUUCUCGCCUGGUGUAUGACCCUAUGGAUCCAAAGGCAUUUGCUUUCUUCUUCCGCUACACUGCAGGCCUCGAUAAGAACAUGAUCGGGGAUUAUCUUGGUGACCCGGAUGAAUUCCAUGUUCGAGUCCUUAAGGAAUUCACAGACACUUUUGAAUUCGCAGGCAUGAUUCUCGACACGGCUCUCAGAACUUAUCUGGAGACGUUCCGUUUACCGGGAGAAGCUCAGAAGAUCCAGCGGGUCCUCGAGGCGUUCUCAGAGAGGUUCUUCGAUCAGCAGUCCGCUGAGGUUUUUGUCAGCAAGGAUGCGGUUUUUGUUCUUUGCUAUUCUCUCAUUAUGCUCAACACUGACCAACACAAUCCCCAAGUGAAGAAGAAAAUGACAGAGGAGGAGUUCAUAAGAAACAACAGAGGGAUUAACGAGGGCAGUGAUCUCCCGAGAGAGUACCUCUCGGAGCUAUUUUACUCGAUAUCGAGUAAUGCAAUAAGGCUCUAUGGCCAAUCAGGAAUUUCCAUCGAGAUGAGCCCGAGCAGAUGGAUAGAACUGAUGAACAGAUCAAAGACCGUUCAUCCUUACGUCCAGUGCAAGUUUAACAGUACGUUGGGCAGGGAUAUGUUCGCAACAAUUGCAGGACCAUCGGUGGCAACUCUUUGUGCGUGUUUUGAGCAUGCCGAUGAGGAUGAGUUUCUUCACGAGUGUGUCGAAGGGUUAUUUUCAAUAGCUAGAAUAGCUCAAUAUGGAUUAGAAGACACACUCGACGAGCUCCUCGCUUCUUUCUGCAAAUUCACCACGUUCCUGAACCCGUACGCCUCUGCCGAAGAAACUCUGUUCGCUUUUAGCCAUGAUUUAAAGCCAAGAAUGGCAACUCUCGCUGUUUUUACCAUCGCAAACAACUUUGGGUCCUCGAUUCGUGGGGCGUGGAGGAAUAUUAUCGACUGCUUGUUGAAGCUGAAAAGACUAAAGCUACUUCCACAAUCGGUGGUUGAAACAGAUGCCUCUUCCACUUCAUCAUCGGACCUUGCAAUGGAUACGCAAUGUGAGUCGGGCAUAGUUAACCCUAACCAAGAUUUUAGACCCGGCGCACAGCAUAACUACGGCAUGAUGGGUCGGUUCUCGCAUUUUCUUUCCCUGGACAGCGCGGAAGAAUCUCUGAGUCUCGGUUUGAGCGAAUUCGAACAAAACGUGAAAAUUAUCAGGCAAUGCCGGAUCGGGAACAUCUUUACAAACAGUUCGAGCCUUCCUGAUGAGGCUAUACUAAACCUCGGGCGUUCCCUAAUAUUUGCAGCCGCUGGUAAAGGCCAAAAGUUCAGCACGCCGGUUGAAGAAGAAGAGACGGUUGGGUUCUGCUGGGAACUGAUCGUUGCCAUCGCAUUGGCCAACAUUCAUCGAUUCUCUAUAUUCUGGGCUUCUCUCCAUGAGAAUCUGUUAACGGUUGCACAGUUCCCUCUAUUCUCUCCAAUUCCGUUCGCUGAAAAGGCCAUGUUGAGUCUCUUAAAAGUCUGUCUCAAGCUCCUUGCUGAGCCUCAACAGGACAGCAUUUCCGAGGAGCUUAUCUUCAGGUCAAUCAAUUUGAUGUGGAAGCUCGACAAGGAAAUUCUCGACACGUGUGGUGAGGUCAUAACGAAAUCAGUUAGCAGGAUCCUCAUCGAAUACCCUGCGAAUUUACAAACCCAGCUUGGAUGGAAGUCGGUCCUCCAUUUGCUAUCCGUCACCGGCCGACACCCGGAGACGUAUGACCAAGGAGUGGAGACUCUGAUCAUGCUUUUAUCUGAUGGAACACAUGUUUCAAGGACGACUUACGCAUAUUGCAUCGACUGUGCAUUUGGCUUUGUGGCGCUCAAAAAUAGUCCGCUCGACAAGAACCUGAAAAUACUGGACCUGUUGUCCGAGUCCGUGAAUCUAUUGAUCCAGUGGCACAGGAACGGAUUAUCCGAUGUGGGAAAUAACUACAGCACAGCCUCGAUUGAGGACAACUUAAAAGGCCUAGGCUCCUCAAACUUUUCGCUGAACCUGUUCAUCAAGCUAGGUGAGGCGCUGCGAAAGACGAGCCUGGCCCGCCGGGAAGAGAUUAGGAACCACGCCAUUCUCUCUCUCCAGAGGAGCUUUGCAUUAGCGGAGGACCUUGAGUUCACCUCAACUAACUGCAUAAACUGCUUCAACCUUGUGAUCUUUGCAAUGGUCGACGACCUGCAUGAGAAGAUGCUGGAGUACUCGCGGCGUGAGAAUGCGGAGCGGGAGAUGCGGAGCAUGGAAGGGACUUUGAAGAUUGCCAUGGAGCUCCUGGCCAGUGUGUACCUGCAGUUCCUGAAGCAGAUCUCAGAGAGCCCCGGGUUUCGGACAUUCUGGCUCGGAGUGUUGAGGAGGAUGGACACCUGCAUGAAGGCUAAUUUGGGGCCAUAUGGCGAGUCCGCAAUGUUGAAGGAGUUGGUCCCUGAUUUGCUGAGGAAGAUUAUCACAAAGAUGAAGGAGAGUGAGAUCCUGGUGCAGAAGGAAGAUGAUGAUCUUUGGGACAUCACCUAUAUACAGAUUCAGUGGAUUUCUCCUUUGCUCAAGGAGUUGUUCCCUGAAGAAGAUAUUUAAAAUUGGAAAACGAAAUAGCUUCAUUCGAACAAAAGAAAGGGGUAAAAUAUCCAAUUGAAGGACUUAGAUUCAUAGUUUUUUUACCAGGUAGAGAAGGAUUUUAUAGGCAACAUGCCCAUAGCACGGGUGUCAGUAUUUGUUCUUGUUUUGUAUGUACAAUUUGAGAAAUUCUUUUGUUUUCAGUUGUCUCAGUUUACUUCUGGACAUGAAUGUCAUCCACUCUGGCUUCCA